CAGUCGACGACAACCUGAACUUUUUCCAUUUGAGAGGGAGCUUGUUGACCAAAAGGAAACGCGUUCGAUGCAGUGGAGUCGACCCCUCUGUCAGCACUGGACCUCACCAUCGACCCGCGGAUGAUCCACUGGACCGUCGCAAUCCAUUUCCGCGUGUCCACAUCGGUCAUCGGCCCCGUGUCCAGGGCAUCCCGCCAAAGCUCGUCCAACCCUCCACAUUGCAUCCAUCGCUCGCUCAGCUCUUUCUGCCCGUCGGCUGCCCGCCCGGAUUGCAGAGACAAACCCCGGCGUCGCAUGGAUCAUGGUGUUGUCGAUGGCUUGCCGAUGACUCCUUCCGGGUCUUGUUGACCUCCUGGUCCGUCCGUACGACCGCGGACAACUGAACCUGGAAGGUACAAGUGUACUUCCCUUCCAGUACUACCUCCUGCCUUUUGUCGACUUCGAGUCCGGUGUUCCCUCGUUGCUCCCUCUUUCAGUUUCGAGUCCAGAUCUCGUACUCGAAUUGCACAUCAGACACUGAAGAACUGACAGGAUGCGGCUCCGGUUCCACAUACUAUCAUUGAGAGACUCCCCAAUUCCACCUCUUAGCGCCGCCGCCGCCGCUGCCAUUGCAACUCCCGUCGGUCUCCUUCUCUCGUUAAGCUCAACACUACCUUACUUAGGAACCUUUACCAGCUACCUCUAGCUGCCUCUGCCCCUUCGCAACAUCUCGAUCUGUGGUCCGAACUACUCGCUCAUCCCAUCCUCCAUCGAGCGAUCCUCUACACGACUUGUCGUGUCGCCUUCCUCGACAGCUUCCGGCUUCGAUACACGAGACUCGGAAAGACCAUGGCCGCGCCCGCGCAAAACUCUACCGUCUCCCUCGAGCGCCUACCGAACGAACUGCUACAGCCCAUAGCCGAAGCCCUCGUCCCGCAACCUCCAUUGACCACCCGCUUCGCCCUUCGUCACGUCGGAACAUGGGCCAGUCAAGAAGCAAAGGACCAGCGGGCGGCAUGGCAUCUCGCCCACCGUGAGUUGCUUACCUUCGCGCAGACCUCCCAUCGCAUGCUCGCCGUCGCCAGACCGCUUCUCUGGCGGAAUAUCCUCAUCUACAACGAAAGGGCGCUCGUGUCACUGUAUCUGCGCAUGAUCAAGCAUCCGGAAAUCAAGCCUUGGAUUCGCCACAUCACAUGUAUGGCCAAUAUCACUGGCACCAAGCUGAUCAUGGGGAUACAUCAAGAAUGGGAAAGACAAACUGGAGUGAGAUGGCAGGGCCAACCCGGCGCCAGUCCCGCUUCCAUCGGCUUGGAGCUCCUCAUGAUCAUCAUGUGGCACGCCCCCAACCUAAGAGAUCUUCUCUUUGCUUUUCCCGACCACCCCUUACCCAACCAGGAACUCCAAGACCCCACCGCCAGCGAUGUAUUACUCCCAGCCUUCCGCGCCACCAUAUUGAGCUACAUGAACUCCCCCGAACCCGUCAACCAUCGACAGACCUUCGUCGCGCGCUACUUUCCUUUUCAUCAGAUGCGCAACCUGUCUUCUCUGCGCAUCUACUGCCAUAGAGACGAACAGCCUAGUCGAGAUGCGACUUUCCCUCAGCUGCUCUCACACUAUACCAUUGCUUGCUUACCUGAUCUCAAGAAUCUCAAGACCCUCGAGCUUUGUUGCUCCUCGGCGUCGAACCUUUUCUACCAAGACAUGACGAUACCUCCGCUUCCCCAGAUUCAACAGCUUCGUCUAUACGGUAGCCGUAUCCAUGAGCCGAGGCUGGUUGCGCUAUGUCUGGCAUGUACCAACCUACAGGAUCUACUUGUCCAUUUUGAAGAGAGCACUACGGACGAUGACAGGGAUCUUUUGCCCGAUGGGAAGACUCUUGACGUUGCCCUGACCGGUCUUUCAGAUUCGCUGCGCAGCCUCGAAUUGGUUGCUUUGUCAGAGGGCCAUUACCUUACGCGCGGAAGGGAACGUCCGAGGAAACCGGAGAACCACCGACUCAAGUGCAUCCCACAUCUUAGACGGCUUGAGAGCCUUACCCUCGACUACCGCGGCGUUUUCGGUACCCUGGGGAUUCUGGAGGAAGAUGACGGUGAGAGGCUGUGUCAGCUACUUCCGUCAUCACUGCGUGACUUCACCUUGGUGUGCGAGUGGGGAACCGCUAAAGACUGGAAGCAAAGUUAUCUUGCCAACCUCGACAUGAUACUGCACGGCGUAGCCUGCCUCUGCGCUACCCAGUCACCGAAGCUGUCAAGCAUAUCGUUGGCCAUUCACUCAUGGCCUGCAAAAAGCAGGUUCCACAGACGCUUCGGCAGAGAGGUCGAGGAAACAAGGCUGCGCUGUUUGAGAGCAGGCAUUACCUUUCGGACGUUCGACUUGUUCCCUUCGUAUCAGGAUGAAGAUGAUGUUGAACCCCUGGACGAGGGUGACUUUGAAGACGAGGAUGGGGGGGACAUAUUACCCGAAAUGGGCGAUGGCGGGUUUGAAGAAGAGACCGAACUUGAGCUGGAAGAAGAGGAUGAAGCAUCCGAAUACUAUUUUUCCGGCGACGAAGAAGAGGAUCCGGAACGCGAAGCACGGAGGCCUCCUACAUUUGCGGCAUUCAUGGAACAAUUGGGAGAGGACCAUGGACACAGCUUCGAUGAGCUUUUCUAUGCGUACCAUGAAGAUCGAUGGGAUGAGUAUCUAUUCUGAGUAUGCUGUUGCUGCGAUCGUAGCCUGUUGCAUUUCGACCUUGUCACAUAACCCUGUCAGGAAUCAGAAUACCGAAGGGAAGAGCCGUAUGAUUCGGCAAGGACAUCGGUUACCAUCAUCCAACUUCUCACCAGACAAAGACAGGUGAUUGUCUGUACCGAGCAGCAUCGGGGUCUGGGUCGAUAUCUCAUCACCGCAUCAACCCAUUCGGCAGACAUGGCGUUGCCGUGCCGCCCUUCUUUAUUUUUCGGCUAUUAUUCGAUGGCAAGGACUGCCUGGACCAACCACGCCAAUGUAAUGAUCCAUUUUAGAUUGGCUUUGUUGCGUUCCCUCCAAACUUGAUACCCCAAUAUAUCGAUCUUCGAUUGCGCAAGCUCCUUGCUCUCGAACCUCAUCCCUGUGAUUGGAUCUCAUUCUGCCGCUUAUGCACCCCAGUCC